ACAGUAGCGACUAAAAGAUGGCGAGUUUAUCGGCUGCUCUCACUUUUACGAUCUUUUUUACGUUUUUAAGCCGUAUUUCCCUGGUUGGAUCGAAGAUCGUGUCUGGAGAGAUCAAUACGCGAGAGGAUUGGGCUUUUGUCACUCGAUUUUGCUUCAAGGACUCAGUCGGACAAAUGCAAUAUUCUUUUGAGUAUCCAACGGAUUACGAAGUUCAGAAUAUUCUACUGUAUUUCGAUACGCAGUGGCCUAAAGUCUACYCACAACAUAGUAUGGAAUGCGAAGCUAGAGAAGAUAAACUUUACAGAGGAAACAACCAGGUCAUCAAUUUAACACUUAGUUACAUUUGGUCUGGAUGUGUUCAAGAGAGCAAGAAUAAUGUUAAAACACUUACUUGUAAAGGUGAUAGAAGAUUUUUAUCCAUCAGAGCCAGGUGGUGGUAUAUUGCUGUUAGCAACUGCAAGACAACAAAGGGAAUGAAGUUAAAGUAUUUUCUGAAUCUCACAAAUGGGAACAGCUUUUGGACCAUGCACUUUUCUGCCGAUGAACGAGAAAUCAUCAAAACAGACAUAUUUUUUCUUAUUGUAUUUAUCAUUGUGAUGGUAUUGGCAAUGCACUUGACAUAUGUAUUAAUAGGUCGCAGGCUGUUCCAUUAUACAUAUAAACUCUUCCUGGGAUCUUUAGUUUUAGAAGUUAUAAGUUUAAUCACACAUAUCAGUUACUAUGUGAAUUAUGGGAAUACAGGAAGAUCUAAAUAUGGAAUUAAAGUCCUAGGUAAUGUCUUUCAUUACACUGCACAUAUUACAUUUGUUUUGCUGUUAAUAUUAUUGGGCAAAGGAUGGACAGUUACAAGAGGGCGAAUCAGCAGUUCUGGUCAAGUCAAGCUAAGUGCGUUCUGCACACUAUAUGGUGUAUGUGUUGCUGUGUUGUUCAUUUUUGAGGCUAUUGUUUUUGACCCAGGUCAAGUGCUGUAUAUCUAUGAAAGCCCUGCUGGUAUUGGGAUCUGUGUGCUAAGAGUAAUUGCAUGGUUGUGGUUCUGCUGUGGCACAUUCUUUACCCUUAAACACUACCCAAGCAAGUCUGCAUUCUAUUACCCAUUUUGGUUCUUCUAUACUGCAUGGUUUUUGGCCGGUCCAAUAAUAGUUGUAGUAUCAACAUUUGUAAUUUCAACAUGGGCAAGAGAGCAAGUGGUCAAUGGUAUAGAAUGGGGAGUAUCAUUCCUGGCACAUGUAUUUUUCUUGGUUAUCACAAGGCCAUCGGCAGCAAACAAAAACUUUCCUUUCCACAUAAGAACAAAUCAGAUUGGUAUUAUAAACAACCUGUCUGGACCAGUACAUGGGCCACCUGGUAUCCAGUCAGCAAUACCAUCCUUCAGUUCUUACUCCCCAGCCCACCCCCCAGAAUACUCCCAAAACACUGGCAAUUUCACAGAUAUUGCCUCAAUGUUCACAGCAAGCAGUUUAACAAAGCCGGCUGCACCAACUCCCCUUGGUAUAUACAGAAAUGGCGUCAACAGCACCAGCAAUAAUAAUGGAGGAAGCUAUCCAAUGAGGUUGGUUCCAUCAGCAUCAGACCAGCAAUACACUGCAUAGGAAAAUAAUAAUUUAUCUUCAUGUAUAGUCUACCUGCAGUCACAUAUGAUUUAUGACAUUUGAAGACUUCUUUAAACUGUACAGCUCAGUUUUAUAACAUAAAAUAAGGUAAAAUUAUAUACAGGAUAUUYGUAAAAAUAUUGAUCAUAUAAUUUAUCAGUUUGGAAUUGUCUUAUGACAUGCCAGGUCAGCAGUCAUCAAUUAACUAUCAUUUGCAUAAACCUUUUUGAGGAUUUGCCUUAUGCCAACAUAAACAAUUGGUGUAAUUCUGAACAUCUGUAUGUUUUUGGUUUUUCAAUUUUAAGGUAUUUUGGCAGGAAAAUGAUGACAUGGUGUGACAGUUAAAAAAAAAWGAUUUCUCAUAAGUGACAAUUUUUAUGGUGGUUUGUGAAAGCACAUUACUAGAUUACUUGAAUGAUAAAAAAUUAAUCUUAUACCUUUUUUCAAUCAAAAUAUUUUGAAUCUCGAAGUUUGAAUUUUCUGACAUUUCAUUACUAUUUUUAGAAAAUCUAAAAAAAUCUUAAAGAGCGAUAUCCCUUCGAGAAUUAAGGGGAUAUUGAUAGCUCUUUCAGUUUUCAAACUGGCUCGCCAUCUUCUAUCUGGUAAGACUCUUAUAAUUAUGAAAUAUGUAAAAUAUUUUUUGACCAUUAUCUUGUGACGUCACUUUUCUGCCAAAAAUCGAAAUCUAAAAAACCAAAAACAAACAAUAGACCCCUUCACGGUUCCCUGUGCCAUCUUGAAAGGUAGCCGUGCCUUUGCAUCAAAGCAAGACAAACGAUGAGCUUGCAAUGAUAGGGA